CCGUAAUCAGCACACAUGGACUCCCAAGAGUCUCCUGCUGCCUACUACCGCUUGGGUGCCGGACAAGCUGCCUAUUGGCGUCGGAAGUCGAAGUCUCUUUCGGUUCUCAACAUCGUGCUGGUCAUACUGCUUGUUUUGUGCACCUUCGUCCUAUUGUCUGCAGUUUUGCAUAGGCACAAUGCGGGGCGUGGCCCGUGUGUUUUUCCCGGACCUGGGUCUCGUUGCUUUUGGCCAUUCGCUAGGCACCACACGGUUCUACUAAUCAGCAUGGACGGUUUUCGACACGAUUACUUGGAGAACGUUCGCGCCCGGUUAGGCCCUAAUUCGCUGCCGAAUUUUGCUCGUUUCGAAGCCGGCGGUAUAAGAGCAAAUCAAUCCGUGAACAUAUUCCCCACUGUUACCAUGCCAAACCACCAGACUCUGCUCACCGGUUUGUAUGCUCAACAUCACGGUAUUGUGGGCAAUAACGUACUUGAUACACAUUGGCCAAAUCUUUUACUAUCUAUGGAUAAUCAAACCAGCCUAAACGAAGAUCCAUGGUUGGAUGACUGGCCCGAACCGAUCUGGGCCACAUUGCAAAAGGCAGGUGGGUUGGCCGGUUCUCUCUUGUGGCCCCUUACAGACAGACCGGUGGACAAUGAUUUGCCUUUCCAGCAGGUCUCACAAUUCACUCUGUUGGAUAACAAUAUGAUCCGGUAUCCGUACACGAAACGGGUCGACGACCUUCUUUGGUGGUUAUCUAACUCACGCUUUCAUCUGGAUUUAAUCAUGGCUUACUUCGAUGAGCCAGACGAAACUGGACAUGCAUACGGACCAGAUAGUCCCGAGUUGGCUGAUACGGUUGUCCAUUUAGAUUCCACCUUGGGACGUUUUCUGGAUGGGCUGGAACAUCACGGACUAUUGGACAAAGUCGACAUCAUACUCACUGCGGAUCAUGGAAUGUCCAGUAUUUCUGCAGAUCGCUUGAUUCCCCUGGAUAAAUUCGUGGACCCUUCUCUCUAUCAUUGCACGCAAUUUUCCACCGUCGGUUUUCUCUAUCCUGCAGCGGGUAAAGCACAGGAGGUUUACGAUAAGCUUCAUGGAGCGCACGAGCACCUUCACGUGUAUUGGCUUCACGAUGUCCCCAAGGAUCUGCAUUUCAGCCUGAACACUUCUAGAAUGCCUCCGAUUGUCUUGGUCCCGGAUCCCUUGUGGUACAUUGUUCACAAACAAGACACACACCCUAUCGCCGGCAAUCACGGAUUCUCCCCGAAUUUCACCGAAAUGCAUCCGUUCUUCAUCGCAAGCGGCCCCUCAUUCCGCGCCGGAGAGACGGUGGAGGUCGUGAAUUCAGUGGAUGUCUAUCCACUCCUCUGUCGCCUCCUUCAAAUCGCACCUAAACCGCACAACGGGAGUUUUGCACGAAUCGCCACUGAAUUGCUCAAACCGGAGGUAGCCGAACGCCUCAUGGCUCUUGAUCGUUGGCCUCAAUGGUUGUUUUGGUUGGCAAUCGAAGCGGAACUCCUGUGGUUUUUGUUCAUGUUUACUCUGGUCUUGUUUAUCACCGUUGGACUAGUUCUGUCGUUGCGCGUCCAGCACAGAUAUAAACAGCUUGCACUGCAUUCGGAGGACGAAUACGACGGGAAGCAUACGUCAUUAGCCUGAUAAUCACAUUUUACGCGUGCAAACUCCUCGAAUGCUCAUACCGGCGCGCACGCGAUCUGAUCCCGUUCCUUCUUUCAUCCACCGGUCGAUCUGAUACCAUACAUUGGAUCACUGCUUUUUG